AUGCAGGUCGAAUCUCCUGCGGCAAAUAAUCUCCCUGCCAUUGGCCUCGGCACAUUUCAAGGCGAUGAGGGCAACUCGAAGGUGAAGGAGGCUGUGAAGACAGCGCUACAACUCGGCUACAGACACAUCGAUGGUGCUAGCGCGUAUGGAAACGAAAGGGAAAUCGGAGAGGCUAUCAAGGAGAUCGGCAUCCCUCGAAAUGAGAUUUUCGUGACUUCCAAGCUCGCACAAACAUGGCACAAGCCUUCCGACGUCCAAAGGGCUCUCGAGGUGACACUGAAAGAUUUGCAGUUGGACUAUGUUGAUCUGUAUUUGAUGCAUUACUAUGAUCUGUCCAGAAGGUACCCAGAAACCUGGCAGGCCAUGGAGAAGCUCGUCGAUCUGGGGCUCGCGGGUUCAAUUGGUCUCUCCAAUUUCAAUAUCCUCAAGACGAAGAGGAUUCUGAGUACGGCUAGAAUCAUCCCCGUGGUGAACCAGGUCGAGAUUCAUCCGUACUUUCCGCAGCAAGAGCUGUUUGAGUUCUCGUCUAAGCAUGGAAUUAUUCUCAUGGCUCAUCAGCCGCUUGGCGGACGUCCGGUUGGAGUAGUUCUGGGCUCUGACAAGCCAUUCCCAACGGCCGAUGACAAGGUCUGCUUAUCCUGGACAGUGCAAAAGGGUAUCCCAGCGGUGCCGAAGUCUGUGCAGCUUACCCACAUGAAGCAAAACCUCGACCUGACGAGAAUUUCGGACCAAGACUUCCGUACUGUAGACCAGCUGGCUUCUGAGCGUGGCCCGGUCCGCUUUCUUGAUCCGAGUCGUCACUUGGGCUUUGACAUUUUCGAUGAAGAGAAUGACCAGCCGCUUGCCAAUAGCGCGCCGUGGGACGAAGUGUGA